AUACGACGAAGGUGAAUUUAUUGAAGGUAUUGCUGAAGAUGCAUACGCUAGGCUGCCUCCUAAACGCUUCCAUAACGAUGAUUACAUCGUUGGACUUGAGCCCCGUAUAGAAGAAGUCAUGUCACUUUUGAAUGAGUCUGAUAACAGUGUUUCUAUGUUGGGGAUUCAUGGAGCUGGUGGAAUUGGUAAAACAACCCUUGCAAAAGCCAUCUAUAACUCAAUCUUCUUCUAUUUUGAAGGUGCUUGUUUUUUAUUUGAUGUCAGAGAAGUGUCAAAGAAAUAUCAGGGUGUUGUCCGCCUUCAACAAACACUUCUAUCAGAAGUUCUUGAGGAAAAGAAGAUGAAGUUUGGUAGUGUUGAUGAAGGAAUAUCAAAAAUAAAGCAUAGACUCUCUCACAAAAAGAUUUUGUUGAUUCUUGAUGACGUUGAAGAAGUUGAGCAGUUAGAACAACUUGCAGGAGGGGCUGAUUGGUUUGGUUGUGGAAGCAAGAUCAUCAUAACAACAAGAAACAAGCAAUUGCUAGUUGCACACGAUCUUAAAAAAACAUAUGAAAUGAAACAGCUGAAUGAGCAUGACUCUCUUAAACUGUUUUGUUGGCAUGCCUUUCGAAUGAGCCACCCUCCAAAAGCUACAAAAGAGAAUUUGGAAUAUGUUGAAGACAUACUAGGAGCUUGUUAUUAUGGGACAAGGUUUUAUAUUGAAGUUCUUGUUGAUAAAUCUCUAAUAACUGUUGCUGAUAAUGGUCGCUUGCACAUGCAUGAUCUAAUUCAACAAAUGGCUAGAGAGAUUGUUAAGCAAGAGGCACCCUCCAGUCUUGGUAAACGUAGCAGGUUAUGGUAUUACAAAGAUGUGCUUAAUGGAGGAAAUGAUAUUGAAGGGAUAAUCCUUGAUCCACCUAAACAAGAAGAAGUGAUAUGGAAUGGUUUGGCCUUUCAGAAGAUGAAAAAUCUUCAAAUUCUCAUUGUUCGAAAUACCCAAUUCUUAACAAGUCCCAAGUAUCUUCCUAAUAGUUUGAUAUUGCUUGAUUGGGAGAGAUAUCCUUCUAUGACUUUACCACCAGAUUUUUCUCCUCCAAAACUAGUUUGCUUCAAGUUAUAUAGAAGUCUUUUCAAAUUGGAAGAGCCAUUCCAGAAGUAUGAAUAUGUGACAUAUAUGAAUUUCUCGCAAUGUGAAUUCUUGAGAGAAGUGCCUGAUAUGUCUCAUUUUCGAAAUUUAAAAACAUUGAGCUUUCGCGAAUGUUGCAAUCUGAUCAAAGUUCAUGAUUCUGUGGGAUCUCUUCAUAAGCUAAUACUAUUAGAUGUUGGUGAAUGUACCAAACUUAAAAGCUUUCCAUGUGAAAUCAACAUGCCAUGUCUUGAAGAUCUCACUCUUUCUGGCUGCAAGAGUCUUAACUACUUGCCACGUAUCGUCGGAAAGAUGGAUGCACUUACCGGUAUUUCUGCAGAUAGGACUGCUAUUAAAGAGCUCCCACCUUCCAUUGGAAAUCUUUCAGGGCUUGAUACUUUGUUUAUACACUCUUGCAAAAGUCUUAGGGAGCUUCCGACCAGCUUAUUGAUGUUGCAAAAUCUUAGCACACUUUGUUGGGAGGCAUUCAACCUCGUGGUAGAAAAUCUUUAA